AAUGGUAAUGUAUGUGGCUACAAACUAUCUUGGUGUGAUAUUACUAUUUGUACCAUUAAUCUUUGGAUUUUAUGAAGAUUAUGUAAAUAUGCUAUCACCCCAUCAGCAUAUUGUUCAAAGUGGAUCAAUUCACCUAGGAAAGUAUACAUUUGGUAAUUUAUAUGAUGGAACUCCUUUUGAAUUUAAAACUGAUGGAAGUAGAUUAAAUAUAAGCAAAGUUAAGUUAUGGUUUCAUAUUCCUGGUGGAGAACAUUUUAAAUUACAUACCUUACGUCUCCUGAAAUUACGUAAUGGACAUGAAAAGUUAAGUUUUACAUUAACAUUCUUAAACAGUCGAGAUAUUUAUGAUUUAGAGCAUAAUUUUACAAAGGGCUGGAAUGAAAUUGCGUUUACUAAUUUAACAUUUAUAAAUAGAAUCUAUGUAACAGUUACUGAAUCAGAUUAUGAUAAUCUAGAAAUUGGUGAAUUUCAAAUUCUUGGUUUCAAUAAAUAUUUUCUAUCGUGUCUUGAAUGGUUUAGUAAAUCGACACUUGAAACAUCUGUUGUAAUGAUACAUACAAUUGGCAGUUCGAUAUCAUUAGAUGUUUCAAGAAUAGAAAGUGGAGCAACUUGCCAAUCAUCAACUGGUAAUUGUAGAUUAGCAAUAAAAGAUUCUGUUAAUUAUAUUGAUGACAUGUGGAUACCAUUGGCAACGGAUAAAAAUAUAUUUAUUGAGAUCAAAUUUUAUGAUAGCUACUCAAUUGAGGAAAUUAUUGUAAAACAACCAAUUGAAAAUGAAAUUAAUUCUAUAAUCAUCAAAUGUGAUGAGAGUUUAAUUGAAAUGAUUGUGAAUAAAACUAGUUUAUUUACAUCAUUACAAACAGAAUUGACAACAAGUUUUCUCAGAUUUCUAUUUUAUAAGAGAGAUAAUCAGACAUUUUUUGGAUUGUAUGAAAUCAAAGUAAUUGGUCGUACCCGUAAACCUCACAAAAAUAUUUGUGACUCUGCAACAAGUUAUAUAAAAUCACAAGAUUUCAUAUCAAUAGGUCAGAAUAAAGUGACAUAUAAACCAACAUCAACUGACCAAUGCUCUCAAAGUAAACAUUUUUUGAGGUAA